UGUUCUUCACUAUAGGAUUCAAUAAGACAGCAGCGUGAACAUUCCAAUAUCUCCGAGCUUCAAGCAGUCGGCGGUAGAUCAUGAAGCCUGAGAAUGGGAGCGUCUGAGAAGCCAAGGACCUCCAGUGAUAGGGACUUACAGCAGUCCCUCCCAAGCCUCCCUCCCUUCAACCUGAAGCUCAAGAGGCUGCUCUGGCAAAACGCCAUCAAGCACAUUGUAGGGCAGCAGGAGCUCUGCAGCCAGGGUGGAGUGGAGCCGACACGCAAGAUCACCGUUACGGACGAGUGCAUCAAUGACAUCAACAGGCAGAUCCGGAACAAGGUCUCCAGGGGCCAGGGCUCCAAAAGAUGGCCGUCCACCACUCGAGUGCACCCCUCUGGAGAGGGGGGCUCUACUAGCACACAGAAUAGCACCUCCCCCAGCGACUCCAUGAGCGAUGCGGACUUCUUUGUCAGCUGGGGUUCAACUUUCAAGGGUGUUUUUCUACCCACUUUGCACCACACCUUUAAGUCCGAGGACCUGGAGAGAUUCUACCAGUGUUACUCCUCGUGCCAGCGGAGGACCUCUCUCAUCGUCACCAACAUCAUUGACAUUGUCACCAAACUCCACAUCAUCUUUAUUUACCUGCUGGUCACCCCCGGGGUGGUGGAUUCUGUCCAAGGAGGGCUGGCAGGACUGUUUAUGGCCUUGGGUGCCAUCUUGUGUAUCUUAGCGAUGACUUGCAAGGGAGCCACUUCUCCUCAGUUCCUCCGUUAUGCUGGUCUGACCAGCUGGCUGUCUCAGACCAUACAGGUGCUUGGGGGGGUGGGGUGUGGGCUGGAGAAGGAUGAGUCUUGGUAUGUCCUCUUCUCCCUUUUUGCCACCUACACAUUGUUACCCAUCCCUCUGCUGUGGUCCAUCUGUACAGGGUCAUUGACAUCUGCUCUGCAUCUGCUGGUGGAGACCAUCAAAAACUUUAAUGAAGCAGCUCUCUUCAGGAAGGUAUUAGCCAAGGGUCUACUCUACAUGGGCAUGAACACAGCAGGUCUCUUUGUCCACUACCUGUCUGAUAGAGCACAGAGACAAGCGUUUCUGGAGACUCGCCGCUGUAUUGAAGGCAGAAUUCAACUGGAGCAAGAGAAUCAGAGACAGGAAAGGCUUGUACUCUCAAUACUGCCUCAGUUUGUGGCUUUGGAGAUGAUAGCAGACAUGAGCAACACAGAGGAUGAGCAGCUACCUCAGCAGGUCCACAAGAUCUACAUCCACCAGUAUAAGGAUGUCAGGUGGGUUGGGUACCCCCUGCUACAAGGCAUCCUAUUUGCAGACAUCAAAGGCUUCACUGCCCUGUCUAUGACUCUCUCGGCCCAAGAACUUGUGCGGAUACUAAAUGAACUGUUUGGCCGCUUCGAUCACCUGACUGAGGAGCGCCACUGCAUGAGAAUAAAAAUUCUGGGAGACUGCUACUACUGCGUUUCAGGUGUGCCCAAACCACAGAGCACCCACGCCCGCUGCUGUGUGGAAAUGGGGCUAGCAAUGAUUAACACUUUAAGGGAUGUACAGAAACAGCUGGACCAUGCUGUGGACAUGCGCAUCGGUAUCCACUCAGGCUCCGUGCUCUGUGGGGUCCUGGGGCUGCAGAAGUGGCAGUUUGAUGUCUGGUCUCGGGAUGUGGUUGUGGCAAACAUGCUGGAGGCAGGAGGCAUCCCUGGGAGAAUCCACAUCUCCAGGGACACUUUGGAUAGCUUAGGGGGUGUUUAUGAGACGGAGGAGGGCCAUGGGCAGGAGAGGAACGAGUUCCUCCGCAAACACAACAUUGACACCUUUUUCAUUCGCCACACUGAGCCACCCUUGGACCAGGAGCCACCUGGAGUCCCAGAUGGCGCAGGGCAGCAGCACAGAACCAUGGAGACCCCUUGGAGCCCAGAGGUGCCCUUCAGGAACAUUACUGGCACGAGCUGUAUUUUGGCUACAUUCAUGAGUGACUCAAGGGGCGCACUGGCACCCAAACGCUUGUAUUCACAGGAAAUCAACAAGCGUAUUCAGCAUGCCAUAGGAGAGAGGAGCAGCGAGUGUGUUCGACAAGAACACAUCACUCCUGUCACUCUGGUCUUCAAGGAUGCGCAUGUUGAAGCCAAGUUCAACCACAUGCGAGAUGAGAUGUUCAAGUCAAAUCUGGUGUGCUCUUUCCUCAUACUGCUGAUCAUCAUGGCAGUGCAAGGCCUCAUCCCUGCCCCUCAGGUGUCUGCCAUGGUGGUUCAGUUCACCCUCUUCCUCCUGGCCUACAUGGUCAUGCUGCUGGUAACCAUGGCGGAGGAAUUCAAGUGUUCUCCUGCAGCUCUGCAGCAGCUCUGUUGCUGGAUCCAUGAAACCAAGGGUGCCCGCAAUCUCCUCACUCUCUCUGCCAUCAUCAUCAACUGUGGAGUGGCCUCCUGCAACAUUAUGUGGUGCAAUAGCUUGGAAGCAGAGGGCACAGACAUGUCGAACAGGAGCAGUACACAGAAAGCCAGCCUAUGGCCCAUCAACAUCUGUACCCAUCCAGAGUACUUUGUGCUGAGCGGGGUGGUUGCCUUGGUAACGUCUGCAGUGUUCCUGAGACUCAGCUCCUUGCUGAAGUUGGCCGUGCUGAUUCUGAUAAUCACAGUGUAUGCAUACCUGAUUGAGGUGGCCUUCCAGGACCUCUUCAUUCGCCAUGAUCGGCUCUAUCACAGUGACAGGAGGAAGGGGAUCUCAUUGCUGUUGAUGUCCAUAUUUGUUGCAGCUGUGUUCUACAAUGGCCGACAGCUGGAGACAACAGCAAGGCUGGAUUUCCUCUGGCAGCUGCAGGCCCGGCAGGAAGUGGAGGACAUGAAGGAGCUACGACAACACAAUGAGAGCCUCCUGCGGAAUAUCUUGCCCAGCCAUGUGGCACGCCACUUCCUAGAAAGGGACAGAAAAGAUAAGAACCUAUACUCUCAGUCCUACGACAAAGUGGGUGUAAUGUUUGCCUCAAUCCCAGGCUUUGCAGAUUUCUAUACCCAGAAAGAGCUCAGCAAUCAGAGCGUGGAGUGCUUGCGCCUGCUGAACGAGAUCAUCUCUGAUUUUGACGAGCUGCUUGGAGAAAAGGCUUUUGAGAAUAUUGAAAAAAUCAAAACCAUUGGGAGUUGUUACAUGGCUGCAUCAGGCCUUUCUCCAGAAAAACAGGAGACUGCAGAUGAAUGGCACCACGUCGGUGAACUGGUUCACUUUGCUUUUGCAAUGCAAGAGAUGUUGACAUUCAUUAACAGGCACUCUUUCAACAACUUCCAGCUGCGUGUUGGAAUUACUCAUGGCCCUGUGGUCGCUGGAGUAAUUGGUGCCAAGAAGCCACAGUACGACAUCUGGGGAAUGACGGUGAACCUGGCCAGCCGGAUGGAGAGCACAGGGGUGAGCGGACAGAUCCAGGUGCCAGAAGGGACAGGCCGCAUCCUGGCGGAGCGAGGCUUUGCAUUAGAGUUCCGGGGCGAGAUCUACGUCAAGGGGGUCAGCGAACAGCAGGGAGGGGUGCGGACCUACUUUGUGAGCGGCACAGCGCAGGAGCCAGGCCAGCUAGGUCAGGGAGCGGCCUGCCGCCGGGGGAGCAUGAGGGGGAAGCACACUCUGGCAGCAGUGGUGUUUGGCCUGGUGAAAGCACGCAGCAGGGAAAAGCACGGAGAGGCCAACGGAGGCUUCCAGCUCCCAGGACAAACUUCCCAGUGCUGAGUGUUCAAGCCCAGAGCCUGAGGCCUGUGUGGUCACAUCAAGACCUUUGCCGAGAAGAAUGUGCUCCUUUCCCAAAAAGGGG